ACAAACAGUGUAUGUUUAUAUUUAUAAUGUAAAAUAAUGUAUUAAUUGACAAUAAAUUAAUUUACGACUAAGUUAAUUAACAAAUUAAUGAAUUCAUCAAAAGUUAUAUUUAACAAGUAGUAUUGAUUAUGUGGAAAACGGCCUUACUUCUUAAAUAGUUGGUAAUUGAUCUAACUAGUGUUAAAAAUAGGUUAGAAAAUAUUGUUUAGUCAAAACGAAAAAUAUGUUUAAUUCAUCAGAAAAUAUUGAAAUAUUUUUGAAAAAAAUUGGAACAGGAGUAAGACAUUUAAAUGAUCCAUUUUUUGACGAAUCUUAUCGUGUUUGUAAAGUGUUUCAACGAACUGGAAUCACUAUUGAAGAUAAAGAGCAAUUAUGUCAUCAAAUGAUGAAUGAAUUCAGUUGCAAUGCUCCAGGAUGCCAAGCAAGGUUUCGAACUCUCAUAGACUUUGAAGUUCAUUAUAAUAGUGUCCAUAGAUUUACUUGUUCUGAAUGUAAGACAAUUAAACCUAACCCUAGGUUACUAGAAAUUCAUAUACAAGAAGUUCAUGAUAGUUUCUUCAAAAUUCUUGCUGAAAAAGAACCAAUGUACCAAUGCUUUGUUUCGGACUGUAAUGUGAAAUUUAAAGAUGCAACAGAAAGAAAACAUCAUUGUAUCAUAGUUCAUAAGUUCCCUAAACAUUUCAAGUACAAGGAAAAAUCUCAAAUUAAAUCUGAUAAAAAUACCAAAGAAAAUGAUGUAUCAGAGCUAUCAAUGGAAAUUGAUCAACCAGUAAAAAAUAUGCAAAACAAGAAAAAACCUAAUAUUAAAUUGAAUAAAAAUCAAAAAACAAGAACAUUUAUAUCUAACAUGAAAACCACUGGUCAAGUAGCAGCAUCUGAGGAUAAAUCGUGUUCAUCCCCAGAACAAAAGUCGAUAACUUCAUCAGCAUUGCAAUUUAUUCCCCGUCAAUUGACCCACAAGUCAUAUUCGAAAAUUCUUACUCAGAAUAAAAUAGUUGAGAAAAGAAAUCUAGAUUCAGAGAAUGUAAUGAUGGAGUUGAGUGAAGCUUUGCCGUCUUAAUGAAAAACUAAAUCAUGCAAUAGCAAGCAUGAGGUAAUAAUUAUGGUAAAUAUUAAUAAUAAUUUUAUAAUUUAAGCAUGCAUAAAACAAUAAAAAUACGUCAAUAAUUAUCAAGAGGAAUAGGUUUUUAAUCUUUAAAUUUUUCUCUAUAAAUACAUCUUAUUGCAACAGUUUCAUUUAUAUACAUGAGAAUUAAGGUAGAGAUCAUUCAUAUUAUAAACUGACCAAUAAUUGUAUAUUAUUUAGUCAUCGCAAUUAUUUACAAGAAGUUUUAUUCUAA